AUGUCUGCUGAGACUCAGUACAGAAGUCCUAGUAGCAGUGGUGUCAAUCCUGUUUUACCUCAACCAGUUACUGAUCGCUCUAUUAUUGAAAGUGUGACUGGAUUCAUCAAUGAUGUGGUACCGACCACUGGAAGCAAUGCUGAAAACAAAGAUGUGAUAACUUGGGCAAGGUUUGAGUAUUGUGAUGUGAAUGAUCCUGCUCUAAUCUCUGAAUCCAGUGAUGAUGGCUUAAACUCUCCUCCAUUAUUACUUAUCUUAGGUUACGGAAGUGGAGUGCAAGUAUGGUGCAUAAAGAACAAUGGAGAAGCUAGUGAAAUUUUAUCCUGGAGACGAGGAGUCGUUAGAACCCUUCGUAUUUUACAAACGCCACAAUCGGACAUUCACGAUGCUUUUUCACAGAAAAGACCAAUUGUUGCUUUGUGCGAUUCGACCGGGCAGGGACCUCAUUUUUGCUCACUAAGUUUUAUUUCUUUGAAAAUCGGAGAUCAAGUCAAAAUAAUCAAAUAUAAAAAUCCCAUAAGUGACGUUGUUUCCUCGCGUAGAGUCGUGGUCGUGACAUUUCCAGAGAAAUUGGCUAUAUUAGACGCCGGAACGCUUGAAGAAAAAAAAGCGAUCAUUACUUGUUACCCAACUACAGGGCCCAAUCCGAAUCCUAUAGCAUUAGGUUCAAGGUGGUUGGCGUAUGCCGAAAGGAGAAUACUCUCGACUCAUUUGUCUUCGGGAGGAGCCGAAGUGUAUUCCGGUCAAUCGGUAACGGCCACGGUUCUUCAUGCUGCCAAAUCAUUGGGCAAGGGCCUUAGAGAUUUCGGAGACGCAGUUGCCAACAGUUUGGCGGGACAAAGGAAUACUUAUUUUACGCAAGUCGAAAAUUCAGAUUUGCAUCCGGGAGUUAUCACAAUAUUAGACACGCAUUUAGUGAACAAUUAUUUAAGGGAAACAAAUGAAAAUGACAAUGGAAGCGACGUAGUCGCUCAUUUUAUUGCACACAGUGAACCUAUCGUGGCGAUAUCAUUCGAUCCUUCUGGCAUGCUCCUCCUAACUGCUGAUAAACGGGGUCAUGAUUUUCACGUUUUUCGAAUAUUUCCCCAUCCUUGUGGGUCGCACAGCGCAGCAGUUCAUCACCUUUAUGUACUCCAUAGGGGUGACACUACUUCAAAAGUUCAAGAUAUUGCCUGGUCGAGUGAUUCCCGAUGGGUGACCGUAAGUACCUUAAGAGGCACCACUCACAUAUUUGCCGUGACUGCAUAUGGCGGACCCAUCGCCGUUCGCACACACGCGACUCCUCACGUCGUGAACAGACAAUCUCGAUUUCAUCGCAGCGCCGGACUAAUGCCCGAUGGUCGAAACAGUCCGGAAACAACAAUAUGGGCUCCAUGCGUGGCUUUCACUAAUCCCAGACUGCCUCCUUUUCCUCAUCCGACGAAUCUUCUCGCUUUGGCGCACAUAAAACACUCUCCGUUACUUAGUUCGUCAAACUUUCAAUCUCAAAGAAUAGAAAAUGCUAGUAAAUUAAACACGAGGCAAUCACAUUCGGAAGAAGCAUGUGUCAUACCGUUAAAAGUUGCCGCUUGUUUCGCUCCUCUUCGCGGUUGGAUUCCCGUCACAGGAAAAGUUGUUCAAAAGUAUAAUAAAAAACCAGUUGAUUCACUUUUUGUUAUGUCUUGCAGUGGAAAUUUAAUUGAGUAUCAUUUGAGACCUCGGCCUACCGCCGGAAUUCCUAAAGAAAAAAUUUGUGAUGAAACUCCCAUAGAGUUAGAAGUUGAAGCCAAAGCUCAGUGGAAUUUAUCGAAACCCCCGAGCACGUCGGAACUUCAGCUUCCACUUCCUCCUAAUAAUCCGCUCAUGUUACAUUACGAACCAUCCAACUUGCUAGAUAACGAUAGUUUAAACGAAGAUGACGAGCAUUGGCUCUCUCAAGUAGAAAUAAUUACUCACACGGGUCCGCAUCGUAGAUUAUGGAUGGGACCGCAAUUCGUUUUUAAAACUUUUACUUCCGUCAGUGGGAUAUCCAAUGAUUUUGACGCUGUCGAAGUAGGAUCGGGCACUUCUUCUCGUCCCAUAGUGCCGGUUUUAAUAGAAUCAACUUCGAGCAGCAGCUUGGAACAAUCUCCUCGAAUGUAUCCUAGUUAUAGCGAAGAAUCGGACAGCUCUCUAGGACCGGAUUCUCAAGUUGCUGAAAAUCUUGCCGACGCAAUGUUAGAAAAUCCAACUUCGGUUGCAGUCGAUCAAGGCAAAGUUAACAUUGACUUUAUUAGUUUAUAA